GCGUCAAAGGGUGGGGGCUCAAAGCUGUGCGUUUUAAUACCACUAUGAGUCUGCGUCCAGGACCACACGGAAUUGAAAUGGCGGAGACAACAGAUAGAAUGGAGAUUUCUCAGGGGGAGAGCUCGGCCAAGCCAGCAGCAGAAGACAUGACUUCUAAGGACUAUUACUUUGACUCAUACGCCCACUUCGGUAUCCAUGAGGAGAUGCUGAAAGAUGAGGUGCGCACCCUGACCUACCGGAACUCAAUGUUCCACAACAAGCACCUGUUCAAGGACAAGGUGGUGUUGGACGUGGGCAGUGGGACUGGAAUCCUCUGCAUGUUUGCAGCCAAAGCUGGUGCCAAGAAGGUCAUAGGUAUUGAGUGCAGCAGUAUUUCUGACUAUGCCGUGAAGAUCGUCAAGGCCAACAAAAUGGACCACAUUGUGACCAUCAUCAAGGGGAAGGUGGAGGAGGUGGACCUUCCUGUAGAGGGAGUGGACAUCAUCAUCUCCGAGUGGAUGGGGUACUGCCUCUUCUACGAGUCCAUGCUCAACACUGUCAUCUAUGCCAGGGACAAGUGGCUGAAACCAGAGGGCCUGAUUUUCCCAGACAGGGCUACCCUGUAUGUCACAGCCAUUGAGGACAGGCAGUACAAGGACUAUAAAAUCCACUGUGAGAAUUCCUCUAAAUUUUGGGGGUGGGAGAACGUGUACGGCUUCGAUAUGUCCUGCAUCAAGGAGGUGGCCAUCAAGGAGCCCCUAGUGGACGUGGUGGACCCCAAACAGCUGGUCAGCAGCGCCUGCCUCAUCAAGGAGGUGGACAUCUACACGGUGAAGAUCGACGACCUGUCCUUCACCUCGCCCUUCUGCCUGCAGGUGAAGAGGAACGAUUACAUUCACGCCCUCGUCACCUACUUCAACAUCGAGUUCACUCGCUGUCACAAGAGGACGGGCUUCUCCACCAGUCCAGAGUCCCCCUACACCCACUGGAAGCAGACUGUAUUCUACCUUGACGACUAUCUGACUGUGAAGACUGGAGAGGAGAUUUUCGGCAACAUCAACAUGAAGCCCAAUGUCAAAAACAACAGGGACCUCGACUUCACAGUUGACAUAGACUUCAAGGGUCAGCUCUGUGAGGUGUCCAAGACCUCAGAGUACAGAAUGCGUUAGGUGCCCCCUUCUCCCACACCUUGUGUUUUGUGAAAGGGGGGGUGCUGAAGGAAGAGCAGCGGUCAGUGUGUGUCUGUAUGAUCACUUAAUUCUCAUCCUCCAAAACUAGUACUCUUAAGCAAUAUUUGAAAUAUUCUGUUUUGCUUUCUUGUAGCGUUUAAUCAGAUGUUCUGAGGUUUAAAACAACCAGUGGAAAGACAUGGCGACUCAUUGUGCAAUAGUCACUGAAAUGUUUUUUAUUUUAUUUGUUUUUUUACAUGUGCUUAUGUCUUUACGUUCAGCUCGAUCUUAGCCUGUGCUUAAACUCGAAGCGUACACACACGCUGACCCCCUCACCUGCCUGUACAUAGUGUUCAGUUAUUUUGGCCUUUUUCUUUUUUUACAGUCCUGGAUCUUGUUGACUUGGCAGAAACCCCCCCCAUUUUCAUAAGAAGUGCCUCCUGUGACUGGUUUCUGUCCCCCCGCCAGCCAAUUAGAUUGUCUAUUGGGGGGAUGCUAAUCAGCCAUUGGUGUAUUUAAAAAUUCAGAUUGGGAGUAAUUGGAGGAAAUCCAAUUACAAUUGUAGCUGUGAUAUGACAUGGGGCCUUCCUCAAGAUGAGCUGAGUGGCCCCAUGGAUCAUGUCUGAUUGGGUAGGUCUGUGCUGAUGAUCUUGCACAAGACUGACCGUAAGUGGUUUGUUCUCAUCCAGCAGGUGGGGGUGAUGUAGUCUAACCAUGAAUCAGUUAUAAUUUCCCCGUCUUUCAGAUUAGUCUUUGUUGAACCUGUUCUAGCAAUCAGAAUUCAUAAGAACCCCCUACUAAGAAAAGCAAACAAGUUUGUUUUGAUUAGAGGAGUUUAGCCCUGUGUACCUUAGAGCUAGACCUGGAUGGCUGGUUUAUUGGGACCACAGCAAAGCGUCCACUCUUCCCAGUGCAGGAGUAAACGAGAUUCCUCUACCCUGUUGUCGUCAUCGCCUGGAUUCCGUAGCAUUGGUUUAGCCGAACCCAGGGACCCUUGUUUGCCCUCUAGCGCAAAGUGCAGCACUUAAAUCUGAAACGUGUGCCAAUAUAGCCAGGCCGUCAGCCAGAAGUGGCAGAUGUCUACCUCUGAGAUUGGUUAUUUCCAGUUGGCUAUGCAGGGUGGAGAUGGGUCAGACCGGACUGUUUCAUGUUAUGUCUUUUUUGGCCUUGCUGCUUCAUGCGGCUUGAGUGCGGACCCAACAUACUUUUGAAUUUUAUCUUUUUUCUUUUUUUUUUAAUAAAGUGAAAUGGGAAAAUAUGUCUUUUUUUUAACAUUUAUUUUUUACUUCUGUUCAGAAUAUUUGUAUUGGCUCAUGUCUUUAUGGCAAUUGGAAUAGAGUUGGCCCUGAAGAAACCAUUCAUAAAUAGAGGACACAUGGCCAGUGUUGCUUAAACCUGUCAGGAUUUGUGUACUCCCUUAUUAAACUACUUGGCUUAUCAGA